AUGUCAUGGGGAGGGCACGCGCUAAUUCUGUACGACUCUGGCCCCUGUGCUGUCCACUGGGGCCACCGGCUAGAGGCCGAGGCCCUGGCCGUCCUGGAGGCAGACCGGCGCAUCAGGAUGGUGAACCUCAUCAGGGACCCGCGAAGCAUCUUCUCCUCGCAGACGCUCUCUCCUGGCAACACGUACCAACAGCUGGUCCAGGGGACCGACGGCAUGGUCUCGAUGUGCGACAACAUGUGCGAGAACCUCGCCUUCCGACACCCGCAGGUGCACCACCUCCAGUAUGAGAGGCUGGUGACGAGCGUCAACACCACCUCCGCUGCCCUCUUCGGGUUCCUGGGGCUCCCUGUCGAUGAGAAGGCUCGCAGCUUCGUGCAGGCAAACUUCGACGGAGACUGCGACGAGAGCAGCGGGACCUCGACUUCGGGUUUCUUCGGGGACUGCCGCACGAAUUCGUCCGCGAGCCUCACGAAGUAUAAGCUGCUCAGCAACAACGAGUAUGCCGCAUUCAUGGCCCACGAGUCGUGCAGGAACAUCUCGCACGCGUACGGGUACGACCUUUGGUAUUACGAUUCCGCCGCCACUCGAGCCGCGCUUCUCCAGACGUGCUGGCUGCCGUUCGUAGCACUGGCGGCGUUGCGGAUCGUUCUGGGCUCGAGGGCCGAGCGCCCCGCGGGCGCGCCCGUGGCCCCCGCCCGGGCCCUCUCCGCGGACGUCCGGGGCCCAGUCGCGAUGGAGGGCGGUGCGCCUCUCGGCCCCGCGCCUCUUCGCGACGGCGUGGCGGACCCCGUGGCGCGCAACUUGGAGCAGGAGAUUGAAGUUUUGAUGGACGUGCAUGGCAUCCCGCGAGCUGAUCGUGUGGCCAUUUCUCCAGGUACUGAGGGUCUUGACGCUGGACAAGGACGGAACCCAGUCACCCGUGCCGUGACGCCAGUCCGAGAGCACAUCCGCGCCCUCGAGUUUCGUGCUCAGACCCGCGACGGCGCAGCCUUCGCCGGGCACGAAGACGCGCUGUCAGCUCACCUGUGGCUGCGCCUGUCGAUGCUGUUGCCGCUCAACGUGGCCAAGACCACUCCGAGCUUGCCGCUGUGCACUCCGAGUUCUCUCAUUUGGAAGCACGUUUUAUCCAUAUGCGUGACCACAAUGAUACUCGCGCCAAAUUUCUCCACGAUGAACUCCAAGCAGUUGCUGCCGCCAGCGCCGGCGCGGCUCCCUCAGCUCUCCAGGGCCAGAUUAUUGAGCUUCGUGACGCCACGAUGCAACAGGGACACCGCAGCCAUCGUCUCUCCGAAGACUGGCUUCUGCGUGCCCUUCAGCAAGGGCAAAUGCCCCAAGGGAAACGCGUGCAAGCUCCUGCACAUGGUGGACUCCCGCAGCCGCCCUGACACUGGCGCCCCUCACAGCGAGAACUCUCGCCAGCCCCAGCGUUCUGCCCAGCCACCCGGCUCGCAGCAGCCUCACGGCGGCGCCGCGCGUUUUUGCCACAAAUUCGCCAAAACUGGUGCCUGUUCGUACGGCGACCGCUGCCGCUACCCCCACGUGCCCGCCUGCAGCUACUUCCAGGCAGGCCACUGCGCCAAGGGCGACGCGUGCACCUACGCACACCUGGCAGCCAACGCUGCGACUCCGCCACAGAGCAUCAGCCGCCCGCGGAGUCAGGACAGCCGUGUGUACGUCAUACGCUCCAAACACGGCGCCCUGACCGGCACCCGCGCCGGCUCCCAGGCCGGCCCCGAGCGUAACCCCCAGCCCGGCUCGCCGCCCGGCGCCCUGACCGGCGCCUUUGCCGGCUCCCAGGCCGGCUCCCAGCCCGGUUCCCCACCUGGCGCACUGCUGCCUGGCGGCGCCCCCCCCGGCUCCGAGCACGGCUCCCAGACCAGCUCCGAGCCCGGCGCCCUGACCGGCACCCGCGCCGGCUGCCAGGCCGGCUCCGAGCACGGCCCCCAGACCAGCUCCGAGCCCGGCGCCCUGACCGGCGCCUUUGCCGGCUCCCAGUCCCGCUCCGAGUCCGGUCCCCAACCCGGCUGUUCUGAGCGCAGCACCUUUCUCGGCUCCGAGCCCGGCUCCCAAUCCGGCGCCGAGCCUGGCGCCCUGCCUGGUGCCUCGCCAGCAGCCAAAGCAAUGAUCACGACCCGAGCCCUUGUGAUCGGCCUCCCGGCUGUCUUCGACCUCAAGUUGACGUCUGUCGUCCACGAUCCUUCGCUCUCGCUGCAGUCCCUGGCAGAAAGCCACAGGUUAGGCAGCGAGGGCGAGCCGGCGAGCGGCGACGACGAGGGCGCCGAGAUCAACAAGUCCCUGCUGGCGCUGAAGGAGUGCAUCCGGGCGAUGGGGGACCGGCGCGACGGGCGGGUCCCGUUCCGGGCUUCCAAGCUGACCAUGGUCCUUCGCGACGCAUUCGUGUCCAGGGGCCCGUCGAGAACGGUGAUGAUCGCGUGCAUCUCGCCGUGCAUGACGUCCGCCGACCACAGUAUCAACACGCUGCGGUACAGGACAAACGACCGGCUGAAGGACCGGAGGCGGGAUGGCCCGCGGCCGCCGACGGAGCGCGGCGUCCCCGAAGGAGGGGCGCCCGCGGCCGGCGGCGCGCCCGCGCCAGCGGGCGCCGGGGCCACGCCCGCGGAGCCCAGCUGCCCGGUGCCCCCGCGCUCCGCGCGCAGAUCCAGCGCCGCGCGGCCACAGGAGACGCAGCCCGCCGCGCAGCCACCGGCGCCGCGGCGCGAGCAGCGCGCGAGCUCGGCGGAGGAGACCAGCUCGCAACUGCCCGUGUGGCGGUCGUUCCCAGGGGCGCCGAGAAGACGCCUUCGGUGGAGGACGCGGCGGGCGCGGCGACCAGCCCGAGGGUGGGCGCGCCCCGCGCCGCCUGGGAGGACUGGACACCAGCCAGCCGCCCGGCGAGGAACCCGGCGUCGCCGACGGGCUCACGGAGGCCGCCCUGUCCGCCGCAGACUUCCAGACCCCCUCGGGGGUUUGGGCCGCGCCGGGCCCCGUCCACUCCGAGCUGGCCGAGGUGGACAGCCCGGCGGACCUCGCCCACCUGGAGGCGGUGGACGAGGUGCAGCAGUGGGAAGACCGCAUCAUCUCGCAGCACAUGGUCGCGCUCCAGGAUCUUCCCCGGACGCGCGGCUCCUGACGGCCGAGAGCGAGCUGCUGUCGCAGGUGCAGCAGGACUUCGCCCACGACAUCGACGGGUACGUGGACAGGGUCGAGAGCAUCGCGCGACGGAAGAUGGAGGUGUACGCCGCCUUCCUCGGCGACCUGGAGGCCUUCAAGCGCCAGCUGCGGCGCGAGGAGGUGCUCAGCUGGAGCUGCCGGCGCCCCGGCGGCGCCGAGGGCUCCCCGCUGGGCCAGGGCCUCGCCGCCCGGCGCCCCAGCGGGGCCAGCCAG